GAGAAAGCUUGCAGCAAGUGCACGGCCAUUCCGACUCUCCAUUCGAAUCGCGGCGACCCUCAUUCGCUAACCAACGGUGUCGAAUUCACUGCCCCUCCUCCUGCUGCAAGUACCUACCGUCAUUAUUGAUUGCCCACAUUCCACGUCUUGGUGACGGCACAAACGAAUAUAUUUGUACAAUGCCUCGCCCAGCUCUCCCGGGUCGCUUAAGCAGCUUCCCCAACCGAUUGAAGGGCAACAAUACCCCCACCGCCAAUUCAAGCAGGAGUACCAGUCCGAAGCCCGGCACAAUGCUCGAUGCCAAAGACAGCCUUGUGCUCAAGGUUAAGGCCAUCAAGGGCCAGGACCUUGCAGCAAAGGACAGGACUGGAACAAGUGAUCCCUAUCUCGUGGUCACGCUUGGAGACGCACGAUCCGCUACGUCGACGAUCCCCAAAACCCUAAACCCCGAAUGGAACCAGGACCUCGAGUUCCCCGUCGUCGGCGUACAAAGCCUUCUCUUGGAGGCCGUUUGCUGGGAUAAGGAUCGAUUUGGCAAAGACUACAUGGGCGAGUUCGCCAUCGCGCUGGACGAUGUCUUUAGCAAUGGUGAAGUGGACCUCCAGCCUGCAUGGUAUCCGCUCGAGUCUCGCCGGACGGGGAAAAAGUCUUCCUUCGUCACCGGCCGUGUGCAGCUACAUCUUUCGCUGAGCGACCCCUCCAAUCCCGCCGCGACACCACAGCAGAUUAUACAGAAGUUCAGUACGAUCACGGGGGCGGACGGGGUCGACGAUGACGACGAAAAAGGAGAGCAGGAGAGCCCCGAACUGGAAGAUGAAGAUGAAAUCGAUGAGGAGGACGGCCAAGCUUUAGCGGAGAAGACGGAAGAAACACGGACAAAGAAACGGAGGCGGCGGAUUGCGAAGUUAAGAAGAAAGGCGAAGCAGAAGGCAUACGAAUUCAAUGGUGGUUCAGUCGUUGCAGGCGUGCUCUAUUUGGAGAUCUGCAAGAUCACGGAUCUCCCCCCUGAACGGAACAUGACCCGUACCUCAUUCGACAUGGACCCAUUUGUGGUUACAUCUCUGGGCAAGAAGACCUAUCGUACUCGAGUAGUCCGACAUAACUUGAACCCAGUCUAUGAUGAGAAGCUCGUUUUCCAAGUACUGCGUCAAGAAGUAAAUUUUUCGGUCAGCUUCGCGGUUGUGGAUCGAGAUUCCUUCUCCGGCAAUGAUUUCGUCGGCACCGUAAAUUUGCCUCUAGAAAAAGUUACCGGAACCUCUCCCGAAGCCGAUCCGGAAACCGGUCUCUACAGUCUUCCCGAACCCGCAGAGUAUGCCCAUGUGGCGAAAGCCAGGAAGCGCUUCGGCAUUCCGUUGUCUCGUUCGUCAUCGAGCCAAAGCUUAUCUCGACUAAACAAGCCGGCACUCAAGAAGGAGGAGUCGACGCUAUCGAUCCGCAGUGCAGCAGUAAAUCUGGACGUUCCUCCGGGCCCAGGGAACGCUCCACUGGCUCCGGAUCUGAUAUCCGAAUCGAGCAGCGCAAGCCCGCCUACAGCGCCGCUGAACGUCGGGCCAGAUGAACACGAGCUGACCGCAUUCGAACUCCCGAUCGAUCUGAAGAACAAGGACCGGUGGGAGUCGAAGCACAAUCCGGUGUUGUAUAUCAAAGCCAGGUAUCUCCCAUAUAAAGCCCUACGGCAGCAGUUUUGGAAAGCCAUGCUACGGCAGUACGAUGCGGACGAUAGCGGCAAAAUUGACAAGGUUGAGUUGACGACGAUGCUGGACAACUUGGGCUCUACAUUGCACGAGGACACGAUCGAUGGUUUCUUCAAGCGUUUUGCGGGGGAGACCGGAGAGGAAGGCGAGGCAUUGAUGACAAUCGACCAGGCCGUGGUCUGCCUGGAGGAUCAGUUGCAGCGGACGCAACCCAAGUCCUCAGAAGGUUCGAAUGGCUCUGAGACUCCUUCGGUUUUUACGCCGGGCGUCGAGACGCCGGUCAACGAAAGCAUGAACUCAUCGUCAGUGCUCGUGCUUGAAUCCGACGUUCAAGGUAAAGAAGGGGAAGAAGGGGCAACUAUGUCCAGAGAUGACCUGGUAGAUGAUGGGGGCGAGGAGCAUGUCAUCGAAAUCCGCGAAUGUCCAAUCUGUCACCAACCGCGCCUACACAAGCGCUCCGAUUCUGACAUCAUCACGCAUAUCGCCACAUGCGCCAGCCAGGACUGGAGACAGGUCAACAAUCUGCUCAUGGCUGGCUUCGUCACAUCCAGCCAGGCGCAGAGGAAGUGGUACUCCAAAGUCAUCACAAAAAUCAGCUACGGUGGAUAUAAACUGGGUGCGAACUCGGCCAACAUUCUGGUCCAAGAUCGACUUACCGGCCAGAUCAACGAAGAACGGAUGAGCGUCUACGUCCGACUCGGAAUUCGGCUGCUAUAUAAGGGGUUGAAGAGUCGAGAUAUGGAGAAGAAGCGGAUUCGAAAGCUUCUACGCUCCCUAAGCAUUAAACAAGGCAAGAAGUACGAUGACCCAGCAUCGGCGUCUCAGAUCCGGAGCUUCAUCGCCUUCCAUCAACUGGACAUGUCCGAGGUUCUGCUGCCGACCGAGCAGUUCAAAACCUUCAACCAGUUCUUCUACCGUGCCUUGAAUCCCGGGGCCCGUCCCUGCUGUGCUCCCUUCCGUCCGGAAAUCAUCACAUCCCCAGCCGACUGCCGUUCCGUGGUCUUCAAUAAGUUGUCCGAUGCGCAACGCAUCUGGGUCAAGGGCCGAGAGUUCACGAUCGAGCGGCUGUUGGGGGAUGCGUAUCCCGAAGACGCAAAGCGGUAUCACAAUGGGGCGCUUGGAAUUUUCCGUCUGGCGCCGCAAGAUUACCACCGUUUCCAUAUCCCGGUCGACGGCAUCCUCGAUGAGCCGAAGCUUAUUGCCGGGGAGUACUACACGGUGAACCCGAUGGCAAUCCGGUCAGCAUUGGAUGUCUACGGGGAGAACGUGCGGGUCAUCGUGCCGAUUGACAGCGAGAAGCACGGGCGUGUCAUGGUGAUUUGCGUCGGCGCAAUGAUGGUCGGCAGCACUGUCAUCACCCGAACUGCCGGCGAGAAAGUGAGGCGUGCUGACGAACUGGGGUAUUUCAAGUUUGGUGGAAGCACCCUCCUGGUACUGUUCGAGCCGGGUAUGAUGCAAUGGGACGAGGAUUUGGCCGAUAAUUCGGCGGGAGCCCUCGAAACAUUGAUUCGAGUCGGCAUGUCCAUGGGCCACUCUCCAAAUGCGCUACCUCAUAUUCCAGACACAAAGACGGAUAGCCCGACAAGGCAGGAGAGGAUGGAUGCAAAGAGACGCAUUGAAGGCAGCCUGGCGCCUCCGAUGGAUCCUGUCCCACCAUCUGUCCCGUCAGACAAGAGUACACCUUGAUGAAUUCCACUGUAGCUUUUGUCGAUGAUACCGGUACUGUACUUUGCCGCUGGGUACUUUUCCGCUCGCCUUUGAAGCAAUUGUCUUGCAGCUAUGGAAGGAUAUGCGUUGCCACAACUGCCGUAUUCAACAUGUGUCAGCUGUAGGCUGUCAGAACUGAAAAUGCCACAUAGUAGAAUAUAUCCGCCAUGUAGAGACCUAGUCCUGCACUGCGGACACUUUGCAGAAUCUCUCCGAUAAAGCGAUGCUUAAUUCGUGCUCUUUGUCACGGUGCUAUUUUGGAGGACCAUGGAUAUGGAUCACUAUCGUAAAACAGCUUGUAUUCGACGAAACGAAAGAUAAAGAAGGAGAAUGGGAAACCAGAACAGAGAGAGAGAUAUAAUAUACACAAAGCGGGAUUGUGAAUCACCACGUGAUAACCCCUAACACAUCGGAGGCAUCACAUCACAUCC